AUGUCUACUUUUCCAACCAUCCCAACCAACUCCAUCAACUCCUGCCACAACUCCGACACCUCUUCUUCCGGCCGACCAAGCCGCUACGAAUCCCAAAAACGCAGAGACUGGAACACUUUCGUCCAAUACCUCAAGAACCACCGUCCACCUCUCACUCUCUCUCGUUGCAGUGGCGCUCACGUUCUUAGAUUCCUCCGUUACUCAGACCAGUUCGGCAAAAGCCAAAGUCCACAACACCAACUGCCCAUUCUUCGGCCACCCCAAUCCUCCAUCGCCGAUGCACCUGCCCUCUCCGUCAAGCUUGGGGCGCAGUCUCGAUGCUCUCAUCGGCCCGUCUUCGUGCCGCCUUCGAAGAAAAAUGGCGGCCAACCUGAGAGACCAACCCUUUCAGCGCUCGUGCCGUGA